GCAGCCAUUCAUGUUGUUGGACUACUGCUGUCGUUGUUGUGGAUUCACACUCAUAAAGCGCCAUGGACCCUUCUCCCUCAAGACUACACCCAGUGACACCUGGGUCGUCCUGCAGAAUCUGUUAAUGUGCAUGGUGUGCUUCUACUCGCUGUACUACAUCGUGGUUAGUCUCUGCAUUGGAGUGCUCAGGGUUCAUGACAUUAACAGCUUGUUGGCUCCAUUUGACUACACAACACAACCGUCAUGGCAGAACCCCAAAUACCUGGUUGGUGUAAUUUCCACAGAAUUGACCUAUGUUUUGGGAGGGCUGGUAUUCGCCUGGAUUGUAGAGGAGUGGGUUUGGGAUUACGCCAUAACUGUCACACUGCUGCAUGUUGCGAUCACUGUAGUAGUGAUGUCAGACUUCCCUUCAGCUGAGCACUGGUGGAUAGCUCUGGGUUCAGGCCUGGUCAUGAUGAUCUUUGGAGGACAGCUCCUGGCCUAUAAACUCUUUAGAAGCAACUUUGUCUAUCCAGCUGAUCUACAGAACUUCUAAUGAACAUAAUGAGGAAAGCUUUUAACUGGCUUACUCUUUAACCUCAGAUCCAGAUACAUGCCAAUGGGUUCACUUGUCAAAUAUUGUACUGCUAGGUUCAUGUUAACAUUGGUAGGAGCAUUUACAGAAUAUACUGUAUAGAUUUAUAUAUAUAUAUAAAAACACUUUCUCUACAAGAUAACUGUGUUGAUUAGUCAACAGUCAGAUCUCUCCUUGUACAAAUGGGCCUACUUUGUCUAUUUAACAACUGUGUUUUUAAAAACAUAUUCUGUACGGUUUAAAUGUUAUUUUGUAUAGUUUCUUCACAAACUCCACACAAAAGGGUAAAGGAAAUAAAAAAGAUGACACCAGUAGCAUUCUGCAAAAGACUGGCUGUCAAGCUGUUAAAUAUGACCAGCUAAAAAUAGAAAUUGCAUUUUGCAUGGUGGGUUAAGUGGGCAAUGUUUCUGUUGUAGUGUUAAUGUUAUAUUUUCAUGUGUCAAAUACCAGACUUUCAGAGUGUAUUUGGACAGCAAAAUGAAACAAAAUUGUGCUUGCAGAAGACAAUCUUCAUGAUGAGCCGUGAUUGAUGCCACAAAUACAUAAUGAUUUUAAUGCAGAGUUUGUAUAUAAGUUCAAACUGGAUUUACAUUAAAUACUUAAAGCAAAA